AUGCCAGCGAUUCCGUCCUUUGAAGCUUUCUUAGAGAAUUCCCUUGUGCAGCGUAGCACAUCCUCGCUUGCCUCCGACACAACUGAUCCAAUUCUGGAGGUUAUCUGCGCCUGGCCCGUAUCUGGGCAGUAUGGACCCGGAACUCGAUAUCUAUAUUACGUCUUGAUGGCGGCAUGUGUGCUUGCACGCAAGGAAGAAUGGAUCCGUAAUGCUUGCCUGGCUGCUGUGUUACUUUUCCCUGCGGUCGCAGCCUUACACGGAAUUGUUCUCGCGACGCUUCAUGUACCCGGAGCGGUUGACAUGGAUGUUUACGGGGCUUUCCAGCUGUGCGCGAUCGGCAUUUUGACUGCUCCUGUCACCGUAAAAUUGUCCAACACCUACUUCAACAACCCCGGUCGAAAUAUCAUCUUCCUCUGGACCGGCCUUCAACUAGCCGGCCUUCUCAGUCUAACAGUAGAGUUUAUCCGCAUAACUCCCACCCGCUGCCCCAUUGAUGACCCAGCAACGUCGACCUGGGCGAAUAAAAAGGUCUUCCAUUACAACUCUACCUGCGGCAUGAUUUGUACUGAAGAUAAGGGCCCGAAAUCACCUCUUCGAGGGGGUUCCGCAGACAACAUCUAUGUCAUACCCUCGCCUCAUCAGUUAGAUUUCAACACCGCGACUCUGCUAGCAGCUGCCUGCUGCAUCCCCGCCAUCUUAUCGAUGCUAUCGAUGUGGAUCAAGAUCCUCGAUGGAAAUUACGAAAAAAUAUUUGGAAAGAAGAAGAAGAAAGACAAUGAGCCAAUCUCCGGAACGAAUGGCGCCACGCCACUACAGAUGACGAGUAUUACGGAGCGGAUUCGGGACUGGCUGACCCUCAUCGAAAUCCCAGUGUUUGUUGCGGCCGUGCUAGCUAUUAUUGUCAAAGGGGAAAUGAACUUCUGGAGUGAGCCCGUGUACUACCAAACAGAGCCUAUAGCAAGUAUAGGCCAAUGGGCCCCCAUCGUUGGUACCGGCCUCGCCAUCGUGGGAUCGCUUUACCUAAUGUUCGCAGCUGACAUGGAAGCUGAAGCGGAACAAACCGGACCACCCCAAGAGACCACGCAAGUAUGUGCCGAUUGCGGCGGAAAUGCAAUCCGCGACAGCACAAACUCCUCAACGACCCCUCGCAGAUCUGGUAGUACAGUCGAGGUGCCCUCACCAGACAUCGAACGCACAGCAACGUUCUCCACAAUCCGACAGGCACUGACAUCUCAAAUCGGGGCCGACCCCGGAGGCAGACGAAAGGUAGCUCGGUUCUUCAACGUAGUAAGCACCUACAUGGCCGCGAAAGCACACACCAAUUUCGAAGAUACGGGCUUCGAAGUACAGGAACGAACAAACUUCCCAGAGAUUCCUGCCGAGAUAUUUCGGAACGAAAGACUUAAUGAUAUACGGAUCGCCUAUAACCAUACGCCUCUACCGCGGUCCAGAGCUACGAGUUUUGUGGGAAGUGACACGUCCAAUGGCGAAGGUAGUAGUUCACGGAUACCGAGAGGCCAAUCCUCACUUCCUGUGAGACCUCCACUCGCUGCGACUCGAAGUCAACCAGCGGAUGGAGGUCCGUAUGGGGGGCCUACCUUUUUGGAAAUUAGGAACUUGUACAGCAACUUGUCGCCGCGGCAGUGGAAUCCCCCUGACGAGCCGACACCUGAUGAGCGUCCGAAUGAUGGUCACGAUAAUAUAUCGGAUGUUGAUCCUGCUCCCAUCACAUCCAAUGGACCACCUACUCCCAAAAUUGUGGUGUCACCUAGCUGA